AUGGAAAAUGUGCACAAUCAUGUUAAUCUUAAGCUCGCGACACAUUGGGAUGAAAGAUAUGGUGCAGAGGCAAUGAUCGCGAAACCAAAUUUUCACAGUAGAAGCGUGUUUUUGGAAAAUUUUAUCGCUGUUGAAUUGCGCAAUCUCGAGGUGAAAUUCAAUAAACCAAUCUACGUCAGCAUGUGCAUCCUCGAUAUAUUCAAGAAAUGUUUGUACGAGUUUCACCACGAUUACAUGAUACCAUUUUAUCGAGAGAAAUGUAAAAUUAUGUACACCGACACAGAUAGUCUCAUAUAUCAUAUAGAGUGUGAAGAUGUAUAUGAGAAUAUAAAGCGCAACAUCGACAAAUUCGAUAUGGGCGAUGCAGUGGACAAUGCAUACGGUAUACCGCUUGUGAAUAAAAAGAUAUCGGGUUUAAUGAAGGAUGAAAAUAAUGGAGCCAUCAUGAUCAAAUUCGUCGGGCUUAGGGCAAAAAUGAACGCGUUGCGAGUAGAUGACAAGAAGAACACGAAAAAGGUAAAAGGCGUCAAGAGUAACGUCGUCGCGAGAACGAGAACGUUUGACGAUUACACGCGGUGGUUGAACGAAGAGAUUGAAAUGACGCGUCAGCAGUCUUGUAUAAGAUCUAAAUUACACGAAGUAUACACUAUUCGCGAGACAAAAAUUGCUCUAAAUCCGUGA